CUUACGUGGGCUGUAGUCGUGCCUGCCAAACAUGGUUGUUUCCAACAGACGACUCCGAAAAUGAGACUACCCCGUUGGAGACACAGCUACGCGCUACGAAACUGACACGUUUAUUGAAGCGGACAGUGGCAAAAAAACAUAUAUAGGUCAGUCGUUAAAUUAUAACAACCAGAGAAGAAACGACCUCCCCCUGAAGCAAGUAUAAACAUUGUUGGUCGCUAUAGCAACAGCCGUUUGCGCACGCGCAACCUUCCCCCUCUUCAUGAGUCAGACGCUUUUGGAACAGUGCGUAGUCGGAUUCAAGAAGUUUCUACAGUCAUUAUAAUAGACGGCUUACAAAGCGAGCGCACGAAUUUGUGAUCGCUGUCAACACCGGCACUCCAUUGUUUUCAAACUUUAUCCAGUUUUGAGAUGGCUCCCGAGCGGCGUGUUCCCAUUCAAAAGUCCGAGCUCAGCAUCCUGGACAAUGAGUUCAGCAACAUCCGAGAACGCUUUGAGGCUGAAAUGAAGAAAAUGGAAGAUGAAAUGGGCCGGUUCAGGUCUCAGCUGAUGGAUCACGAAAAGGACUUUUUCUCCAGGCAGGCUACUGGACCAGCAUCAUCCAAGACAUGGCUAGAAGGCAUCAACUCUCCAUUGAUCCAGGAUGCCGAGGACGGCUCCAAGCAGCUCAAGCUUCGUUUCGAUGUCUCUCAAUAUGCCCCAGAGGAGAUAGUUGUUAAGACAGUUGACAACAGGCUGCAGGUUCACGCCAAGCAUGAAGAGAAGAGCGAGAACCGGUCUGUGUACCGUGAGUACAACCGGGAGUUCCUUCUUCCUAAAGGCACCAACCCGGAGCAGAUCAAGUCCUCCCUUUCCAAGGAUGGCAUCCUCACAAUUGAAGCUCCAUUGCCCGCCAUCGAGGCCAACAAAGAGCGCAUGAUCCCCAUCGACAAGAAGAACGAAAAGCCAGGAGCCAAGCCGAGCAGCUCUGCUGAAGAGUAGCAAGAAAUUGUUCUAUUUAUUGCUUGUUUAACGAGGGAAAUAAAAGACCUGGGGUGGGUAUUACAAGUGA